CACCUCUAACACUCAUCGCCUACAUGAUCAACUUGAUUCAAAACCUAUCUCUCUUCAACCCCUUUUCUCUCAAUCCCUCCCUAACCCCAAACCACAAUAAGUAGAGAGUUUUGUUGGGAGGAACAAACGUUAACCUAGAAAAAAAAAAAAUUCUCAAGGAGGGGAGAUUUCCCUAGCUAACCAUGGCUGGUCCUCAUCAACAAUACCAUGCCAUCUCCAAACCCGUCACCGCCAAUUUCCCUUUCUUCAAGAAGAUCAACCUGUACACCUUACUCCUUAUUCUUUUCCUUUGCACCUUCUCUUAUCUCUUCGGUUCCUGGCGCAACACCAUUGUUUCAAUCCCAUGCGACCCCUCAAAACCCACCACCACCGUAACCGAAGAAGGAAAAUCUCUUGACUUUGCAACCCACCACAGUGCAGGUGAUUUAGAUGUCACGUUAACAUCAGAAGUCAGAACCUACCCUUCAUGCAACGUGAAUUUAAGUGAGUACACGCCAUGUGAGGAUCCCAAGAGAUCAUUUAAAUUCAGCAGGCAUCAAUUGAUAUACGAAGAAAGGCAUUGUCCAGAGAAAGACGAGUUACUAAAGUGUCGUAUACCAGCUCCUUACGGGUACAGGAACCCUUUUACAUGGCCUGCAAGUAGGGAUUAUGCUUGGUACAAUAACGUGCCACACAAGCACCUAACGGUGGAGAAGGCAGUGCAAAACUGGAUCAGAUUUGAAGGUGAUCGGUUUAGAUUUCCUGGUGGAGGGACUAUGUUUCCUAAUGGCGCUGAUGCUUAUAUUGAUGAUAUUGGAAGAUUGAUUGAUCUCAACGAUGGGUCUAUUAGGACUGCCAUUGAUACUGGCUGCGGGGUUGCAAGUUGGGGAGCUUAUCUUCUGUCACGCAACGUAUUAACAAUGUCCUUUGCACCAAGAGACAAUCACGAAGCACAGGUGCAAUUUGCCCUAGAAAGAGGAGUUCCUGCCUUGAUCGGGAUUAUGGCCUCAAAAAGGCUCCCAUACCCAUCCAGAGCCUUCGACAUGGCACAUUGCUCUCGUUGCCUUAUUCCAUGGGCCGAUUUCGGAGGGCAAUAUUUGAUUGAAGUCGAUCGAGUUCUAAGGCCAGGUGGGUAUUGGAUUUUGUCUGGUCCACCAAUUAAUUGGAAGACUCAUUGGAAGGGCUGGGACAGAACAGAAGAUGAUUUGAAUGAUGAACAGAACAAAAUUGAGACCGUGGCUAAUAGCUUAUGUUGGAAAAAGUUGGUGGAGAAAGAUGACAUUGCCAUAUGGCAAAAGCCAAUCAAUCACUUGAAUUGUAAAGUUAUCAGGAAAAUCACACAAAAUCCACCGUUCUGCCCUGCUCAUGAUCCUGACAAAGCCUGGUACACAAACAUGGAGACUUGUCUGACUAACUUGCCUGAGGUAUCUACCAAUCAAGACGUUGCCGGCGGAGAAUUGCUGAAAUGGCCUGAGAGAUUGAAUGCUGUACCACCAAGAAUUAGUAGAGGAACUUUGGAAGGGAUUACAGCUGAAACUUUCCAAAAAGAUACAGCACUUUGGAAUAGGAGAGUGUCAUAUUAUAAAGCUGUAAAUAACCAAUUAGAAAAACCAGGAAGGUACCGUAACAUUUUGGACAUGAAUGCUUACUUGGGUGGAUUUGCUGCUGCUCUUAUAAAUGACCCACUAUGGGUUAUGAACGUGGUUCCUGUCCAAGCCAAGGCUAACACUCUCGGAGUAAUUUAUGAGCGAGGAUUAAUUGGAACAUAUCAGGAUUGGUGUGAAGCAAUGUCUACUUAUCCAAGAACUUAUGACUUCAUCCAUGCUGAUUCUGUAUUUACCCUCUAUGACGGCAGAUGUGAAAUGGAAGAUAUUUUGCUAGAGAUGGAUAGAAUUCUGAGACCUGAAGGAAAUGUAAUAUUUAGAGAUGAUGUUGAUGUGUUGGUGAAGAUUAAGAAAAUAACUGAUAGAUUGAACUGGGACAGUCGAAUUGUUGAUCAUGAAGAUGGACCUCAUCAAAGGGAAAAACUUCUUUUUGCUGUCAAGUCUUAUUGGACAGCUCCUGCUGAUCAUCAGAAAGAGUCCACCACAUCUUCUUAAUGAGCUAUUAAUUUCUACUUUUUUGUUUUCUUCUUAGAUAUUGUUCUUAUUUUUUACUCUCAAAUAUGUUUCUUAGCAUAGUUAAACCUUAACGAAAUCAGAACUCUCCAAAUUAUGUUACUCCUCUUGAAUUGGACACAGAAGAGCCUUGCCGGCUAGCCCUUGAUUCAAAUUUUUUGUGUUUACUUUCAUCAAUGAAAUGGAAAUGGGCCGAAGCAAGAAUAUUUCCUGAA